UUGAUGUGAUGCAGUGCUGCGAGAAGUCAUGCUGGUUAGAACCUGUGGUCCUGGGAACAUGAACGCAGGACAACUCCAUGCUUCUGUGUCAAAUGGACUUGAAGACUUGAAUGAAGCAAGAGUUGAACUCUUAAGCAUGAUGUGAAGCGAAGUAUGUGCUGAAGAUAAGAUAAGAUAGCUAACUAAAGCGGCCAGGUUUGUUCUGAACUGAAAGGUAAAUCCACCAUCUGUCAGAAGACUUUUCUAUCCCUGAGAGUUGGAGAGUGAUGGCGACGUCCACAGAUGUUCUACUAGUCACAGCAAAUGUUGGCACGUUAUUUGAAAAGCUGAGUAAGAUCCAAGAUGGCUGGCUGCAAGAGUUGUACACUACUGUGGACAAGUACCAGCCCCGCUUCGUCGCCAUGCACUUUCAGGAGGUCGGGGGAAAGAACUACAAAGCCAACAUGGCCUCCGCUGAAACCUUUUUUAAGACCAUCGAGUCCAGGCUGUCAGACUUUGACAGAGUGUGUGUCUACAUAGACAGCGACUUCAAGACGGAGGACAACUUCACGGCCCUCGGGAACAUUUACUUCAUCCAUAAAUCUCUGGAGAACGUCCAGCAGUACGAUUUCAGUGGGAAGGAGUUCAGGUCGGUGUCGGGUCGCAACACGUACACGGGUUCGUUCUGCAGAGUCACGACAGUGAAGAAGGAGAAAUUCCAGAGGGCCUUCUGGCCAGAUCAAAAUUGGUCCAGAAAAGGAUACAUGAAGACACGGUGGAUGAUUCACAACCAAGCCCUGGACCUGGUUAACGUGCACCUUUUUCAUGAUGCUUCAAACCUCAAAGCCUGCGAAUCCGAGUUCUCAGUGUUCUCCAAGAAUCGCCAUAAUGCCCUCAAAUACGUCAUCGGCAGGAUAUUCGAAGGUGACCUUGUUCCAGUCCCCUACUUCCUGUUUGGAGAUUUUAACUUCCGCCUCGAUACAAAGAGUCUAAUCCAGGACCUCUCGACAUCGACAGAGAAGAAGAUCGUGAUGAAAAAGGGCACUAAAGAAGUUGAGAAAAUCAUCUAUAAGGAGAAAGACAAUGGCAGCGAGGAUGCGCUACUUCAAAUAGAAUAUAAGACAUUUAAGUACCCGCACAACAAACUCUUCAAAGAUGGCACUGGACAAGAGCUCCGGAAGUACGACAAAGAGACAGAGGCCUUCAAGGAAAUCACAGAAGAGGAGAUUUUCUUUCCUCCCAGUUACCCCUACAGCGAAGACCCCGAAAAACCCACGGAGUACAUGACCACGAGGUGUCCAUCCUGGUGUGACCGCAUCCUCAUGUCCCACUCGGCAGAAGAAAAGAUCUGCAGGAAAAGUGAUGCAGGCAAAAACACUGUCUACAACAUCAUAGGCCCGAAUGUCUGCAUGGGAGACCACAAGCCUGUCUUCUUGUUCUUUGCACUGCAAUCCAAUGUCCAGUGACACAAACACACACACACACACACACACACACAAUAUGGACCUAUUACAGGGUUUGCUGGUGUUUAGAAACGGCUGUUCUUCUGCUAGAACUACUCACAACCUGCAUAGACCUCAAACCGUGCACAAGCAAGAGGCAUAUUCCUGAAAGAGAAACAAAGCAAACCUAGUACAACUUUAAUAGUUUUAUCGUUCUCAGGAGAUUAGUUUUUAAGCUUGGUUUUAGAUGUUCAUCACCAGUCACCAGGAAUACAGGAGUGCAUGCUCAUCCAUUUUUUAAAAUUUCCUUUAAAUUACUAGCAUGCACGAUGAUACAAGCUAUACAUACACUGCUGAAUUGCACAGGCUGCUCGGUCGACGUUCUGAUUUCAUAUAUCCGUUUUUAAAGCCUUUAAACCUUUAUGUAGUAUGCGGUCGGUGUUGCCGAGGCUUUUCGCUGCGGCCCUCGAGCGUCUGCGUAUCUCAGCGGUGCUGUAAGUCAGAGCUCCUCAGAUCAAUACAAUAUGUACGCGGUGACCGCCGGGGACGAAUUCGAAAGCCAUCAGCACCAUGUGAAAUAUGGAAAUCCGUCCCAAAGCAGCUGCGAGCCCGCUGACUUUUAAUUGGAGCUUCGGUUUCAUUUACAACCACUUAUAUACAACACCAACCUAUAAACCUUCUGUAAUAUCUUUUUUUUGGGGGGGCUUUGGUGUGAUUUUUUUUUUUUAUUUUAUUUUAUUUUAAUUUUAUUUAUUUAUUUUUUAAGCACUAUUUUUGGGAGUGGGGGAUGUAUUCCUUGAGAAAAACAAAAAAGAAACUUUUAUUACUGUGAGGAGACCCCGGUCGUUGUGUAUCAUUUUCCACUAACAAGCCAAGUUCAUUACCAAACCUGGUAUUGUCAUCGUCAUGCUGCUAUAAUGGCUCCCAGCAUGCGUAUACUGAUUUUUUAUUUUAAUUUUAAAAUAAUACUUUACUUUGUGUUAUUAUUAGAUUGGUGGAAAGGCAAGCUAUGUAUGUAUGUAUGUAUUCAGUGGUGCCCUAUAAGCCCUUAAAGAAACACAACCAUGCAACAUAUCUUUAGCUGUAUUAGAUAGAUCUGUGAAUAAUUUAGCAUUUAUUUCUUUAUAUGUGACUGUGUUUGAAUUGUUUAGCUUCUUUUAUUCUGGGUUUUAAUUAAGACAUCAUUUUAAGUUUCUUUAGUGGCCUAAUCACACAAGUAGUCCCACCAUGGAUCAUUAAGCUCACAGUGUGAUGGUGGUCGUGUGUCAUAGGGUGAAUGUUUUAAGAUUUCAAAACCAAUUUGGUUCACUAAUUAUCGAUAUUCAUUAACCGCCAUUUAAGCAUGCACAAAAAAAAAAAAAAGAGAUACAGAUAUGACGAGCAGGCCAUUAGGUCAAUCCGUCUAGCAUUCCAUCUACCCGUGUAAUCUAAAUAGACCCCCCUCCCCUCUCCCCUCCUCCAGAAUCAGCUCGAUAAUUUACGCGCGAGGGUUAAAUUGCACGGCCCAUUUGUCAAUAAUGGACUUGUUGGAGUUGAUCCAUGAUGGUGCUAGACAUAAUGCAUUGCUCUCGAGAGCUUUGCUCCAAGCUGAAGUUCAAUACGAGGCUGUGAUGUUGCUCAAUGAGAAGCACUGAUGUUCUUUUGGCAUUUGUGAUUUUAUAAUAAGAUCGAAACACUACUUUUUUUUUUGUUGUUGUUAAACAUAAUUUAUAUCUUUUGUACGUUGUAUGGGGCACUGAUGUUAGCUGGGAGUCUCUUUGGGCUAAUGUAGCCGUUAAUGUUUGCACUUAUUUGGGGAUGUGUUUUAUUUUACACAGUUGAUUUAGGACCACUAAGAUUAUUAUUAAGUUUUAAGAAGCGUUUUUAGAAUGUUCAAAAUGUGCUGUUAUUUGGAUUAGGGAUUUGAUCAGGUGUGAUUAUCUAUUCAUAGCUAUAUAUAUAUUUCUCUCUCUUAAACAACCUUUAAUUUCCACAUAAAAUAAAUUAACAAAUUUAAUAUUAACAAAUGUAUUACUGCGACAAGCUGCAAUGUGCCUAAACAUGAAAUUUAAAAAAUUGGUUGUUUAUGUAACAACCUCAGCAGCAACCUCAUUUCCCCUCUCAGCAUUCAGCAUCAGCCUGAUCAUCUUUAAAUGAUAACGAGAGCCAAAAAAGUCCUUUAGGAAUCCUGGAGAACUAUUCUUCAAGAUUACAUCUGGCUCUUUGGAAGUAAAAUAUGAAUAAAUGUGUCUUGUGAUUUUUGCACAGUACUGUAUAUACACUGAUACAAGAAAUGUCCUGUUAUGCCUUACUGCUAUGUGGAACAUUCCUUAUUAAUAUAAGAUUUAAAAAAAAAAACUCUUAAAGAUGAUAAUAUACCAGGUCAAAAUGAAAAAAACUUUCAUACCUGCACUGCCAAUAACUUAUACCGAGUUGUGGUUAUUAUAUCGUUGGCAUUUUAUAGUGUUCCAUUUCUAAUAGGAAUUCCAUAACCUCCACUAUUCACGUUGUAAGACAGUUUAACGGUUAACGCUGAGUAAUACAUCUAAAGCUACAGUACAACCACACUCGCUUGGCUUUUCUCCAGAAUAAACGAGCCCUUAAAAAUCCUCCAGGUGAAUAGGGGCCAAGUAAUUUUUAUUUCCCCCUCUCAUUUUAUUUUGUUUUAUUUGUUCAGACUGAUGAGGGCAGCGUGUCCUGCUCAACGGCAUGUAAAAGAGGAAAGCCAGUUAAAUCGUCACUCGUCGUAGUCAUUAACACACUCGAGGAGAUUAAUGGUGCUGUGAUUCCAGCAGUUUUCUGCUGAUUGCAGAGGGGAAAGUUGUCAAUAGAGGGAUGGCGCAUGGAAAAGUCUCACCUUAACAAUUAUAUUCAUUCCCUAUAAUAAUCAACCGAACUUGCCUAAUGCGUUAUCACUUGCCCGAAGCGUAGGCUCUGUUCAUGACUCAAGCAGAUUGUGCCAAAUGUGUCAGAGAAAUGUAUAAAUAUCUAUAUAUUUUUUUUCUUUUCUGACUUUGAGUUUGAUGUUUAUCAUAUGUAUCUGAAACAUCAGGAAAACUGUGUAGUACCUCUUAAGCAGCUGAAUGUCAAGUUGCUGUUGACAUUAAACCUAAAAUUUAAGUUUCAUUUUCAAAUUUGUAUGUAAACCUAAACUGUUUUAAUUCCCUAUAAAGUACAUUAUCUACA